UACAUUGUGCCGACGACCCGAUAUCACAAUUGGCUAAUAUUUUGGAUACCCCCUACGAGUGAAAUAGGCCUCGAAGGGCCCCCAAAUUGUAUUGCAUCGUCGAGUUUACCGAGUAGCUGCCCGCGUCCGCGUCCCCGCUGCAUACUUGGUUCGGCCAAACGUCAACUACUUCUUAAUUGAUGACUUGAUUUUUUUUUUUUUUUGGAGCAUAUAAAUUAACCGUCACCGAGCUGUUUGCUUUGCUCACCUUCUCGCCGGCUUCCUCCGCCUCAAAAUAACCAUCAGAUGCCGGGAUACGGCCGACUACUCCUUUUUUAGUAUCAAUCGCGGGCAAACAAUCAUCUUUUUAUACCCAAAAUGUCGGUAGACUCAUUAAAAUCGUUAAUCACCAAUGUCCCCGACUGGCUCAAGCGCCUAGAGGAGCUUAAUGGACAAAUCGACCAACGCCAGCAGGAUCUGGCCAUAUUGCCCGAGAACAGGCCACGAUCUUCCGCGAAAUCGGUGAGGAAUCGAGGAUCCACCGAAUCUCUAAAACCGCGAGAUGAAAACGUCCCCAUUGAUCCACCGGAUAUCGCACGAGCUUCGACGCCGCCUCCGCUGACGCGACCCAAUGCUCAAAAGCCGGACGCUGCUGGCGCUGAGGUACCUUCAAGUCCCGUCAGCGAGCCCAGAUCCAAGACAUCGCUGCAGCGUCAAGAGGUGAUGGCAACUGCACAACGUCGAGCACGCGCAACGGUCCGCAGAAAGCAGAAGACAGACUCCAUGAUCAGCAAUGAGAACUCUGUCCAGAAAUACAGGUCACGAAAUAUGAUAAUCGUCUAUUACGACAGUUAUGUACAGUCGUUCUUUGAAGAGUUGGUUAAGUUCGUAUCGAUGCAACGGAAUGCCAUGCGAAAGGCUAAGAUGGCCGCUAAGGUUGCUCGUAUCAGGCGUAUGGCUGAACUGGAAAUGCCUGAUGAAGAGGAGGACGAAGAUGAAGGCAAUGGCGGAGGUAACAACGAGGUGAAGCCUAGGAAUAGCCUGCUCGCCGAUACCAAGGCUGCGUCUCCAAAAGCUCAAGACGACUCGUUAGAGCCCAGACUACGCUUCGUGAGCACUCGGCAGAUGGGAUCACGAAACUUAGCACCCGGUAGAAUGAAUAUGCGAAUGUCUAGGCUUAAUGGUGGAUUAGGGUCGUUCCAGGAUAAGGGUGAUAUCUGGGAAGAUUUGGAUAAAGGCCUCGAGUUCGUCCAGGGCAUGUGUGAGCAAGGGGCACAUCAAUUCCUUCGGGACGGAGACUGCAGCGAUGAAGUCGAGAAGAUCAAAACGCGACUUGCACAGACGAAGGAGAUGGCCGACAAAGAGAUGGCACGCGUUCUCGCCGAAGGCCCGGAUGACUCGCCCGAAGCUACCAAGUCGCGGAGUUUCCGUCCAAUGACGAUGCGAAGGGGUGCGUCAACUUCUAAGAGCCCUUCCAAGCAGGACUCUAAGGGCCCUUCUAGACAGGACGUUAUAGAGAUCGAGGAUGAAGGGGUCCAAGAUAUGGAUGGUAUCAAACCCAUCUCAAAGUCGACGGAAUAGGUUAAUGGAUCCACGUCUUAGGUCAACGAGUAACCAUUGCCUUGCCAUAUGUCUCGUUCGUUCGUUAAGUUUAUCUACCUACCGAUACCUACCAGCAUCAUUUUUACGCAUAUAUAACUACCACAUGUUACCCGAACGAUCAUAUUUGCUCGCAUACUACAUCGCGAUGGAGUUGGUUUACACAAAGAAUGUCGAAUCUAUAGGGUGCCAUCGCGAAAGGGUAGUGCUUAGGUCCGAACUCGAAGAUGGCAUCUCUAAACCCAUACUCAUUUUGAUCCAUGCUCGAUUUUGGAGUCUAGGCAGAUAAAAAAGCACGCAUCAGCACAUUUAACGAUUUUUUGCACGUGCUUGGCGUUAAGGGGAAAGCUAUUGGCAUUGACAGUGACGGCCCAUUGGGACCUGGAUACAGUGUUGGAAUCAAACAACUAUGUGGUGCUUGCACCCGUUUACGACUUUACGGGACUUACGGCCGAGAGGAUAUUGCGUGUACAUACAUAAUAACUAUAUAUCAAUGCGCU